CGCGACGUCGACCGUCGCCGCAGACCGCAGUCCCCGCGCUCACGCUCAGAUGUACGCACUUGCGCACCGCGUAUAUCCGUGUAUCUUGUCGUCGUUGUGAUUUUUUAAGCAUCAAUUUUAUUACAUUUGUUUGUGUCGAACGAAAUCGCUUUAAACAAUCGCCGUAUUAAUUAUCUGUUCUGUUUUUUACGAUUAAUUGAAGUUAGCGAUUUUUACGGAUUUCACGUGGUUGUUGUCGCCACCGCCGCCGCCGCGGUCAAAAUGCAAUAACCUGCAGACGCAGGUGAAAUAUAAUAAUAUUGUGAUCCGCAUAAUUACACCAAUGUAAAAUAUAUUAUAUUUACGCUUCGUGGGUACUCGCGGGUUUUUUCGUUUUCAUUUUUGAUUCGAGUGCAGUUCGAUAAUAUCGUCGUAUUAUAAUAAUACUUAUAAUAGGUACUCAUUACUCUGUGGUCGUCGUGUGUGCUUGUUGGAACCGUUUUCGAUCCAUACGCGAUAUUGUAAAUAAAUGUGUCGGGCGCGCGUCGAGUGCGGACUAUGAGCUGCACAGAGGUUAUGUAUCAGGCGUAUUAUCCGUAUUUGUACCAGAGGUCUUCGGGCACGGCCGCUCCGCCGACUAGGGCGCCGCAUCAUCACUUCCCGCCGUUCACCCACCAAUAUGAUCGGUUAAGAGCGUUGGAAUCGCACCAACAAGCGUCCACAUCUUCACCGAUUGGCGGCGGAGACUCUCCGGCGAAUAGAUGGACAACAAUUGCAGAUCAUACAGACUCACACCACAGCAGCGUCGGAUCCGGAGCAUCCAGCGUGGGCCCUGUUGGUGGCAUCGCCAGCCCCGCAUCCUCACCGGCCACUGCCAAUAGUGUUUCGGUAGUACACAAAGAAGAAGACACAUCCAGAGACGAUGUUCGCACCGAAAUGGAUGAGGACGAGGACAACGUGCAAGACGACUCAAGAACGCGCGGGGACAGGCGUACCGCCGCACACGCGCAAUACGUGUCUGUAAAUUGCGUGGUGUUCACCCACUAUACUGGCGACGUCGCCAACGUGGUGGACGAACACUUUUCCAGGGCGUUGAACAGCGAUCAAAAACUCAACAACGCUCAUCAGACGUCGACCAAAGAUACUUCCCCAAUGUCUUCCAGAAACUUCCCAGCGUCGUUUUGGAACAGUAAUUAUCACUCACAUCACUCCACUAGUCAAGUGUACCAUCCCGACACAAUGUACCAUCAUCAUGGUACUGCUGGUAAUCCUGCAGAUCCAUGGCAGACACAUUACCAACAAUAUACAGCUGCGGCUGCUCAUCACCAUCACAGGGCUGUGCACGAAUACCAUCACCACCAUAACAUGGCCGCCCAGUACGGCAGCCUACUACUACCGCCACCGACUUCGAGACUGGCGCCACCGCCGCCACCUCCACCUCCACCAUCUAGUCACCCACAUCCACACCAGUAUCACGGCAAAGCUGGCAUGGAACCGUGGCCCAACAGCGCCCAUCAUCCGGCCUUGGAUACUGGCGCGUCUUACUCGUCAUAUCCCACUGUUCCAGGUCUAGAAGCUCAAGUACAAGAGACGUCAAAAGAUCUAUAUUGGUUUUAAAUGUUUUGAUGAGAAUGUUUGUUAAAUUUCGGUAAAAUAUCAUUCUUCCGUUGUUAAUAUUGAAUAAGUGAUUUUUACGUAUAUAAAAAAUAUUAUUAGUUAUAAACAGCAGUCGACACCUCAGCGAAUGUGUAACACCAUUUUCUAUGUUCUUAUACACCUAAAAUAAUUAGUCUUGGGUAUGUCUAUUUAUACAAAACAAUUAUUUAAAAACGAUAAUAUGAUAUAUUACGAUAAUAGUUAUGAAUUAUUAUUAAUAUGAAAUUAAGAUCACGACGAUAAACGGAUUAUUGAAUAAUUUUGUUUUGAAAAAACGUGUGUAUUAUAAUUAUAUAAGCCGUGUUGUUUGACGUAGCGUAACUAGAAGGUAUUUACAAAUUAUAAGCAAUAGGUAUAUUAUAUGUAGUGCUAGUAAUUAAUAUGAUCACCAGAUUUUCAUUUAGCGGGUGUCCCAAAAUAUGGGUUAUUGGCAGUUAUAUUUCCCAACUAAAUAUAUUUAAAUUAAAUUAUUAUAAUUAUAUUUUAUUACUAGCAACUGAUUAUUACACAAUAUAUAAAUUUUACUGCUCGUUUAUGAAUAAUAAUACAAAUUUAACUAAAUUACCAAAAACGAUAUCAAAAAAUAUGGAUAUCUAAAUUUUAAAAAAUCUAUCAUUUUUUUCAAACGCUUAAAUAAUUUAUUAUACAUAGCUAGUACAUGGGUGUCUCGACGCUUCGGCGGUCUCGGUCAAUAAAUCAACAACUUUUCAAAUUCCCAUUUUUUUUUGAUUUUUACUAUGUCCAACGAGCAUGUCAAAACUUUUUUCUUACGAUCCUCGGCCUCCAGAAUGAUUGGAAAAUUAAAUGAAAAAAAAAAUAGAUAAAUAAUAAAUAAAAAAGUACACAUUUUAUUUUAUGCCGCAAAUAUGUUAUAGAAAUAUGUCUGGUG